AUGACUGAACAACCAGUUCAAGUAGAACUUUGUUCAAGAGACUAUUUAGACACACCUCUCUCAUUCUCUCAACCUCAAGACCCUGAAAUAAAUAAUUUACAACAUGUACAAGAAGAAAUAUCACCUGAAAUUCUUCAAAAAAACCAAGAGGUGGUUCAAGAAAUUGAAGAAACUUCCAAACAACUUGACCAACCAAUUCAAAACGAAACAUUCCCAAGAACCAGUUUUGGCUCACUUCCACAAUUAUCUUUAUUUGAUUUAAGGAGGUAUUUCACAACAUACCCAGUAACUUCAAUAACUGGAUUGAAUCUAUCAAAUAAUAGAAUGGCAAAUCUAUCUCUACCAAAUCUAAUCUCAUUAAAAGAGUUAAAUCUUUCUCAUAACGUUUUUAAAAAAGUACCAACAAUAUUAUCUAUCUUUACUCAACUAACACGUCUAGACAUAUCAUAUAAUUAUAUUAAAUCACUUGGUAUCCUAAAAACUCAUCAAUCAAUACGAUAUCUUGAUAUUCAUCACAACAAUAUUCAUAAGUUAACAUUUGAUCAUUAUGAAACAGCAUCUAAUUUGAUUCAUUUUGACAUCUCUGAUAAUUAUAUUGCUUCUCCAUUAGAUACCUCGGAAACAUUUUAUUAUACAUUCCCUUCUAUAUAUUUUCAACGAAACCCAACAUUUAUUAUAUGGGGAUUAUAUCUUGGUUCAGUAAACUCAACUUAUGAUAUUGAAUAUAUUAAGGGAUUAGGAAUUGGUUGUGUUCUCUCAGUAGGUAAAAAACCAAUUCAUGAACUUGAUGGAUGUAAUUUGUUCAUAACCCUUGAAGACAGUCCUAAAGAAAAUAUCAUGGAAAUCCUUCAAACAGCACUUCUUUUUAUUGACGAAAAUAUUAAAAGAAAAAGGGUUGUAUUAGUUCAUUGUGAGUGUGGGGUAAGUCGAAGUGCUAGUAUUGUAAUAGCCUAUAUGAUGAAAAAAUAUGAUAUGACCUAUAAAGAUGCACUAAACUUUGUAUCUUCUAAACGUAAGUGUGUUUUUCCUAAUCGUGGGUUUGAACAACAAUUACUUCAAUUUGAAAAAACUACUUUCACAUUUGGUUUAGAAGAAAAAGAGAAGAAAACAAAGAGGAAAUGGCUCAACUAG